UAAACCGAACCGAACACAAACCGAACCAAACUAACUAUGGUUUACUUCAGUUGGAAAAAUACUAUAACCGAACUAACCAAACCGAACCGAACCCAGACCGAACCGAGAAAAUAACCGAAGUGUCCACCCCUAUUUAAAACUACAUCCUUUAAAGUUAAAUAAAAAAAAAACUACAGCCCAAAUUCUAUAAUAAAUUUUUUACAGUUACAACCGAACCAAUUGCCUCUGGUCUCUUCAAAAAAAUGUCUUUUGUUUUAAGAAGUGGUAUUAACAUAUUAUUAAUACCAUAUAUAAUGUAAACUUACUUAAUCCAAAUCUAACACAUAUGUAAAUAUAUAGUAAUAAUGUACAUAUGCUAGAAUGAUAUCGACUUGCUCUCCAAGUGUCUCCAUUUAUUCUUUAAUUUUUUUAUGGGUUUUAAAGGGCUUUUAUUAUUUGGGUCCGUAAGAUAGAUCUAAAAUAUAUCUAAUACCAUAUAAUAUAAGAAGAGAAGGGUUAAGAGGCAAUCCCUCUCUCUCUCUCUCUCGAUACAUCCCUCUCCCAAGUUUAGGUCAGCAAAGUUCCCCACCUUUCUCCACUCCAUGGCCACCCGUCUUCAGUUUGAGAACAACUGCGAAGUUGGCCUCUUUUCAAAACUCACUAAUGCCUAUUGCUUAGUUGCUGUUGGAGCCUCUGAGAACUUUUAUAGUGCUUUUGAGUCAGAGUUAGCUGAUGAUAUCCCUAUCGUUAAGACCUCUAUUGGAGGAACACGGAUCAUUGGGCGCCUAUGCGUUGGAAACAGGAACGGGCUUCUUGUGCCUCAUACAACUACUGACCAAGAGCUUCAACACUUGAGGAACAGUCUACCUGAUCAAGUUGUGGUCCAGCGAAUCGAGGCGCGUCUGUCUGCUCUUGGAGACUGCAUCGUCUGCAACGACCAUGUUGCUCUUGCUCACAUCGAUCUCGAUGAGGAGACUGAGGAAAUAAUAUCGGACGUUCUCGGUGUCGAAGUUUUCCGUCAGACGAUUGCACGCAACAUUCUUGUAGGCUGUUACUGCGCCUUGUCCAACAGAGGUGGCAUCGUCCAUGCUUACACCUCGGAGAAAGAGUUGGACGAGCUCUCGGCGCUGCUUCGAGUCCCGCUCGUUGCGGGGACUGUGAACCGUGGUAGUGAAGUUAUAGCUGGGGGAAUGACCGUCAAUGACUGGACUGCUUUCUGUGGCUCAGCCACAACUGAAACAGAGCUCUCUGUUAUAGACAGCGUCUUCGAGCUAAGUGAAGCUUGUGAUAUAAACAAGGUCUCAACAUCGGAAUGGGAUUUGCUUGUGACCAAGUCAGAAGUCCCGGUGUUGGUUAUGUUCAUACAAGAUUGGCUCCCCUCAUGUCGAUACGUGAGGCAUGUAAUGGACGAAUUCGACUCGAAAUACACUGGUCGGUUCAAAUUCUACACACUCAACGUUCAUGAAGAGAGAGGCAUCGCAAUACGCUACGACAUAUUCAAUGUCCCGGCUAGUAUUGUCUUCAAAGGCGGAGACGAGGUGGCUAGAGUAUAUGGAUUCCAUCUUUAUGAAUUAGAAAGACUAGUGAAGCAGUACGAUUACUUGGUCUAUGCAUCCAAGCUUAAGGGUAACUUAGCAAAAGAAAAUAAUUUGCUAAUCAAGACAAUAAAUCACCAGAAAAUCAAAGCAGAACUGAUAAAUUCAUUUGCAUAUGUAGGCAUGUGUGUUUUGGUAUUCAGCUCUGUUCUUUACUUUUCUUUUCUUUUUGUUCUCGGAUACUCUGAGUAACCGCAAGUAGAUUUAGAUGA